AUGUCUCUUUCGGGCUCCAAUCACGAGACGCCUCAUGGGGGCAAAAAGGUUGAUAGAGCAUACGAGUUCCAGGAGACGUACGAGGGCCUCGGUGAGUUGGAGGAGGACGAUGCAUUCAACAGUGAGACUUUUGGGGUCAGCAGUGUUGGCAAGGAUUUUGAUUUUGGAAACAAUGGUCAGUAUCAUUCAGGCCCUGGACUGCUGACAGUAAGACCUGAGGUGAGCUAUGCCCGUGUGGCAGCCAAUGAUGACGACUUCAUGAAAGAUUUAUGGGGUAUGCCUGCUCAAAGGCGAGAGGAGGUUUCCCAGACUGAAGGUCAGGACAAGAAAUUUUUAAGCUUGGAGGAAAUCGAAGCCCAAUUAACCGAUCGAUCUUUCUCGACCAGUCAUGAUCGAUUUGCUGCGCAACCCUCUCAGUUUUAUGGAGGCCAGAGCUCAAUUCCUCAGGCCCCUUACCCAAACUAUCUAGUUCCACCACUGGGGUUCAUUCCACCACUGGCACAGUUUGGAUUGCCAGGUGCGCCACCUUUCAUGGCGUUGCAACACCCAAAUGGUUUCAUGGUGCCUCCUGGUCCAGGUAUCCCGAAUGCUCCUUUUCCAAGUGAAGAGUGGCAUCACAAGGUAGACCCACGUACGGCUGCAACGUCAGUCAACACCAUGCCAGUAGGCGGCCAACCUGGCCCUUCAGCUGUGGACGCCGCGCUAAGCGGACCUACCUCAGGACCUAAGUUGAAUGUGAGCGAGGCUCAUACGGAAGGGUCUUUCGCACCAGACAGUACUCUAGGUGACGCUCCUAAAGAACACGAGAAACUGGAGCAGAUGGCAGAGUUUCCUUUGUUAGGAACUGGCAACUUAUCGAGUAAGAAGGAUCAGGUUGUGAAAAGCUCUGGCUCAAUUCAAGGAAGCAAAGAUGCACUCUUCGAUUCUCGUGGGCCCGACCUUGCUCAUCUUACGCCCGAGCAACGUUCUGCCUUGAUCAAACGUCAAGAUAAAGUAGGGAGGAUAAUGCGCUAUUCUGGCAUUAUGAACCCCAAAGACAAGGAUUUCGUCACCAGGUUCCAACUUUCUCAGAUUGUCACUGACGACCCUUAUAAUGAGGAUUUUUAUGCUCAGGUAUACCGAGUUAUCCACCCCAAGUCAACCCCUGGUGCAUUAGGACCUUCCAGUGGACAACCGGAACCCAAUUCGAUUGCCCAAGCUUACCUCGACCAAAGCGGGCAUAGGCUCGGUGGAAGAUUCAAGAGAGCAGACGUCGCUUUACAGCGUAUGCAGCAACAAGUUCAGAAGGCAGUGAGUGUUGCAAAGGAACGGCAGAGCUUACCUCAUAAUGAGCGAGAGGGAGUUUUGGGGAAAGUUUCCGUUGGUUCGGGAAAGAAGCCUCGACAGCAACUUACGAUAUUAAGCAAAGCAGCUCAAAGAGCAAAGGACAAUGCAGCUUCAUCAGGAGACUCCCCCAAACCCAUACAAGAUUCACCUGCUACGGCUACUACAAACAAGACGAGCAAGAAAUAUACCAAAAAACAUAUUAUGGCAAUCUUGGAGGACAUUAUCAACAACCUCAUUGCGGUGGAAAGCCUGUCUCGUUCGGAACCCAAUGUGAAUAACACUGCGUUGUGGAAUGCUCUAUGCAUCUUGGACAGCUCUUCGUACUCUGGAGACGAGGAGCUGAUUGUGAACCCUUUCAUCCAGUGCUUGAACUACGAGAAGACGCUCAAGAUUCUUCCUCGCUUAUUCAAGUUUUUGACGAGGGAUCAGACAUUAACUAUAGUGACGUUAGUUAUGUCAAAUCUUGAGAACUUGACGGUCAUAAAAGAGGGGUCUUACACAACAUACCAUGAUAAGAUUGUCCCAGCAGGAAUAUUGAAGCUAGUGGACCUAUACUCGCUUACAUUUUGCAAGGUUUUGAUGAACUCGGUCCAAGAUUUCAAAUUCCAUGAGAUAAUUGGACUUCUUGUCAUUUUAAUACAGCACAAUGUCGUUUCUUUUGUCUCAACCACGAAAAUUGGAUUGUCUAUUCUUACAAGUUUGCUCUCCAGGGCUGAACUUAUAAAAGGAGAGGGUUCGAUUUCAGCGACGGAUUUGUCCGAAUGGACCUCUUGCUACGAUGAACUAUUCACAGCUCUCGAGUCAAGAAUUGCAGCAAUCUUCCCACCUUGCCACGAAGACUCCCAAAAUGAUUAUGUUUGGCAGUUCUUGGCAACUUUAUCUCUUGGUGGUAAGUUAAGCCAUCAACGUAUCAUUGUCGACGAAGUGAGAGACGAGAUCUUUGGGGUAAUGAAUAGGGCGAAAGCCAUUUCCAAUUCAGACAUGGCCAAGUUGCAUGAAAAGCAGAACAUGUUGAAUAACUUAAAUAUGUACUUGGUUGUGAUGGGUUUGGUUGCCAACGAGAAUGAGAUUCUGGAGUUGCAAAGUUAA